UUAUACAGCGUACAGUACAAUGUGGUACGUUUCCGGCCAUGAAGAGAAAGGAGCGACAGUUAUAAGAACAUUUCUUCAAACGUAAUGCAAUAGCAACGGUUUUGGACACAGCUAUGUGGAUUCAGUGUCUCCAAUUUCAAUACAUUUUCUCACGAGACGUUCCUCCAGACUUCAUCACAGUCAAAGAAGGCAAGAGUGCAACACUGUCAUGUUCCAACAGUUUGUCCAUCAAACCAUCUGUAAAAUACGUUUGGAGAAAGCAUGGUGAAAUGUAUGACAUCUCACAUGAAUCAGUAAACUACACGAUACCCAAUGCACAAGUAGACGCCAGUGGUACAUACAAGUGCACACUUCUCAAAGACAAUUGGCUCAUGGUGAACAAACGUAUUGUCCUCACAGUGAGAGCCAUGGUUCAAUGCUCAGUGAAUCCACAAACUCUGCAAGUCUCAGAAGGCGAUGCCUUUCGAAUCAACAUCACAAUUCGGGGAUCCCCCAGACCGUCUUUCAUGACGAUCAGUAACCCUUUUGCUGCAGCUUGGAGAAUAGUUGAAAAUAGCACUGGAGACUACACAGAAAGGAUUGAGAUGGAGGUCGCUAGAGCAUCCACCCAGAUGAAUAAAUUAAAUCGUUACAGUCUCGGCAUUGCAAUUCAGAUAGUAGAUGGAGUUCAACGUACACACGACUGCAUCUUCUAUCUCAAAGUGAAAGGUACUCUAGAUGUAUGAGUUGGUCAAUGCAUGUUUGACUGAAUAUGUAUACUGGAUAGCUUCACACCAUAUAUUGUGCUCAAUGUAGAAAGUAAAGACUCUGAGAUCAGCUACAACUGCCUGAAAACGACUGUUUCCAACAGAAAAG